AUUGUGGGUUAAGGCAGGGUGUCCUCAAUGCGUUCCCCCUGCUAGACCUGGCUUUGCGUUUUGUUUGGGUGCGCCGAGGAAUCAUCGGUAGUGGCAUCCGUGAGUUUUAACGAUGGGGGAGAAACUAGCGACCAAAUUGGCAGGCCUCGAGGCCCUCAACAACGAGACAGUCGAUUUGGAACACAUCCCUGUCGAUGAGGUCUUCCAGCACUUGCGCUGUACUGAAGAAGGGCUGUCAAAUGAGGAGGCUGAAGCGAGGCUUCAGAUCUUCGGCUUCAACAAGUUGGAGGAGAAAUCGGAGAGCAAAUUCCUCAAAUUCUUGGGGUUUAUGUGGAACCCAUUGUCAUGGGUCAUGGAGGCUGCUGCAAUUAUGGCCAUCGCUCUUGCGAACGGAGGGGGACAACCUCCAGAUUGGCAAGAUUUCAUUGGGAUUAUAUGUUUGCUGAUCAUCAACUCAACCAUCAGUUUUGUUGAGGAAAACAAUGCGGGUAACGCAGCUGCUGCUCUCAUGGCACGACUAGCUCCAAAGACUAAGGUGCUGCGCGAUGGUCAAUGGGGUGAGCGUGAUGCAAUGAUCUUGGUGCCUGGGGAUAUUAUUAGCAUCAAGCUUGGGGACAUCAUUCCUGCUGAUGCACGUCUGCUUGAAGGAGAUCCUUUAAAAAUUGACCAGUCGGCUCUGACAGGGGAAUCACUACCUGCUACCAAGAAACCGGGAGACGAAGUAUACUCAGGAUCGACAUGUAAACAAGGGGAGAUUGAGGCUGUAGUUAUUGCCACAGGUGUGCACACGUUUUUCGGGAAGGCCGCUCACUUGGUAGACUCCACAAACAAUGUGGGCCACUUCCAGAAGGUGCUGAAAUCGAUCGGAAACUUCUGUAUCGUUUCCAUCGCCAUUGGUAUCGUCAUCGAAAUUAUUGUGAUGUACCCCAUUCAGCACCGCAAAUACCGAGAUGGAAUCAACAAUCUGUUGGUGUUGCUCAUUGGAGGCAUUCCCAUUGCCAUGCCCACUGUACUCUCCGUGACAAUGGCUAUUGGAUCCCAUAGGCUUUCUCAACAGGGAGCCAUUACGAAACGUAUGACUGCUAUUGAGGAGAUGGCAGGCAUGGACGUGCUGUGUAGUGAUAAGACCGGGACACUCACCCUUAACAAGUUGACCGUUGACAAGAACUUGGUGGAGUGUUUCACAAAAGGUGUUGACAAGGACCUGGUGUGCUUGAUGGCUGCUCGGGCAUCCAGAUUGGAGAACCAGGAUGCUAUUGAUACGGCCAUUGUUUCAAUUCUUGCCGAUCCAAAGGAGGCUCGUGCAGGGAUUCAAGAAAUUCACUUUCUCCCUUUCAAUCCUGUCGACAAGCGAACCGCUAUCACAUACAUCGACAAUGCUGACGGCAAGUGGUACCGAUCUAGCAAGGGAGCUCCUGAGCAGAUUCUUGACCUUGCCCACAACAAAACGGACAUUUCUGCGCGUGUGCAUUCGAUCAUUGACAAAUUCGCGGAACGUGGUCUGCGUUCCUUGGCUGUAGCUAGGCAGGAAGUUCCGGGGAAAAGCAAAGAGGAUCCUGGUACACCCUGGCAGUUUCUAGGCUUGAUGCCCCUUUUUGACCCUCCCCGACAUGACAGUGCUGAAACAAUUCGAAGGGCUUUGAAUCUGGGAGUUAGUGUGAAGAUGAUUACGGGUGAUCAGCUUGCCAUCGGAAAGGAGACAGGACGACGCUUGGGCAUGGGAACCAACAUGUACCCCUCAUCAUCUCUACUCGGGGCACACAAAGAUGAGAGCAUUGCAGCUCUGCCCGUGGACGAGCUCAUUGAGAAGGCGGAUGGCUUUGCAGGCGUCUUUCCUGAGCACAAGUACGAAAUCGUUGCAAGGUUGCAAGGUUUGAAGCACAUUGUAGGAAUGACGGGUGACGGUGUAAAUGAUGCUCCUGCAUUAAAGAAAGCAGACAUUGGAAUUGCAGUGGCUGAUGCAACUGAUGCUGCCCGAAGUGCCUCUGAUAUUGUGCUCACUGAACCGGGGCUCAGUGUCAUCAUUAGUGCUGUCUUGACAAGCCGAGCAAUUUUCCAGCGGAUGAAGAACUACACGAUAUAUGCUGUUUCCAUUACCAUUCGUAUAGUUAUGGGAUUCUUGCUGCUGGCCUUGAUCUGGAAAUUUGACUUUUCUCCAUUCAUGAUUCUGGUCAUCGCCAUCCUCAACGAUGGUACCAUCAUGACCAUCUCAAAGGAUCGUGUAAAGCCAUCUCCUUUGCCAGACAGCUGGAAGUUGAGAGAAAUUUUCUCCAUCGGUGUUGUGCUGGGUACUUACAUGGCGUUGAUGACAGUUCUCUUCUUCUGGCUCAUGCACGAGACGAGCUUUUUCACUGACCGAUUCGGGGUGAGACACAUCGGGCGGAGUAGUGACCAAAUGACAGCAGCAAUUUACCUACAAGUCAGCAUCAUCAGUCAGGCUCUAAUUUUCGUCACACGUUCACGAAGUUGGUCUUUUAUGGAGAGACCAGGAGGGUUGCUCAUGUUUGCAUUUGUGGCUGCUCAGCUGAUUGCCACAUUCAUUUCAGUGUAUGCGAACUGGGGAUUUGCCAGUAUCAAAGGCAUUGGAUGGGGCUGGGCUGGAGUCAUCUGGCUAUACAGCAUAGUCACUUACCUUCCUCUCGAUAUCAUCAAGUUCUUUGUCCGUUACAUUCAAAGUGGAAAGGCCUGGGACAAUUUGAUUGAGCGCAGGACGGCAUUCACGAGGCAGAAGGACUUUGGAAAGGAAGCUCGGGAAGCGCAGUGGGCGCAUGCACAGAGAACAUUGCACGGGCUGCAUCCACCGGAAUCCAAGGACGACGUCGGCAUAUCGAGCGGCAGCGGUACCAGGGGAGAGCUGGGAGACAUGGCGGAGCAGGCCAAGCGGAGGGCCGAGAUCGCCAGGCUGCGCGAGCAUAACACUCUCAAGGGACAUGUGGAAUCGGUUGUCCGGCUCAAGAACCUGGACAUCGACAUGAUCCAGCAGUCCUACACAGUCUAA